AUGUCGAACUUCAUGCCUCCGCCGCCAAAAAUGAACAAAACGUCGUCGAUGAACAGUCUGCGGAAGACGUUCGGAAUCAACAAAAAAGCGAGCAAUUGUGUAACCUUUUGGACCGCCCAUCCCCGAAGGUCCCCGGUCGACAAUGUCUUCUUUUGCAGGAGCUCUCGAUGGUCCCGUCUCGUCCGAUCGUCUCUCCGACGCUUUCGUCUCCGCUCGGCGGCUCCGGAGCGGCCCCACUGGAGAAGGACUAUCACUCGUUGGAGUACAAGUUCACGCACGGACACUGGCGCGUCUUCAACUCCAAAAGCGUCUUUGGAAAUAAGGUAAAAUGGGUAAAUGGUGGGACGAAACAAAAAAGUUUGCUUAGGACGCGUCGGUGCUCGUGUUCGACAAGAAGAGCAAUGUGAAGGCGCCGCCAAAACUCGGGAAAUCCAAAACCUAUUCGAUGUUCGAUCUUAUAAAGUGAGUAGAAAAAAGAGAUUUCUUUGAGACUUCUCGCGCGGAAGUUUUCCUUUUAUUGACUCGGGGAUAGGGUGGCACGUGAGAAAACAGAAAGAAUAUUGUUGUUUUUUGCAGGUACGAAACGCAGCAACUGAUGGGACUGAUCCACCCGCGCAUCCUGCACGUCGACCACAAUCUCGAAGAGACCAAGGACUACUUCUCGUUCGCCACCGAACAAAUCAUCGGAAACCUCGAGAACAUUGUCACCGACGAGUCGAUCGACCGGCUCGAGAUUAAACUGGGCGUGUUGCAAAUCAUAGACGGCAUGUCCUACCUGCACAACUCGGCCAAAAUGAUGCACGGCAAUCUGACGCCCGACUCGAUCUAUGUGACCGCCACGAAGACGUGGAAGAUCGGCGGCUUCAGUUUCGCCGUCAACGCGAAAGAACCGAACUGCUACCCGUGCUACCCGUGGACCAAGAAAUUGCCGCCGUGUCUGCAGCCGGACCUCGACUUUUUGGCGCCUGAAAACUUGGCACCCGGCCAGACGACAGUCAGCAGCGCCGCCGACGUCUUCUCUCUCGGAGUGCUCAUCUGCUGGAUCUAUGCGGGCGGAAAACGACUGAUCGACGCGAAGAACAACCUGGAAACGUAUCACAUCGUGGUCGGUCAGUUGGACGCCGCCCUCCAGUGCAUCUCGGUCGAACUGGGACCGAAUCUGAAGGACUCGAUGGCCAAGGUCCUUUCGUUGGACGUGGAGGUCCGUCCGACCGUCCAACUUCUCUCGCUCAUCAAACACUUCGACGAUCCGUGUCUGUCGGCGCUCCGUCAGUUGGACGAUAUCGCUCAGGUACCGUGAGCGAAGUCCUUUAUGGGUCCAUAAAGGAAGCACAUGCCAAUCUCUUUUACUCAUUUUUGCAGGUGUUCGAUCCAUCGCAAAAGUCGCACUUUCUAAGUCAGACGCUCAACUCGGCGAUUCCGCACAUCUCCGAGUCGGUGUGGUUCAAUCGGGUGCUUCCGCGAUUCAACGAGCAACUGAUGGAGCUGCCCGAGAUGUACUACCCGAUCACCAAACCGCUCUUCCACAUUUUGGAGCACUGCGAGAGCCACAACAUUCACAAGAUGAAGCCGUGGAUUCGGAGGCUCAUGGAGGCCACCUCGCACAACAAACCGGUCAGUUCUGGCGCGGCUAUUUCGGGGUGCGAAUGGCUUUGCGUGGGCGGCACGGAUCUCUGGCCCUGAGGGCAUCUAAUUGCGCUCAUAUUUCCCCUCGUUUGCCCAUGUUUUCCCAUGCCGCCCGGAAUUGGCUCUUUUCAGCUGCGCGCCUUUAUUCUCGAGAACAUGUCGGCGCUUUUCCGAAGACUUUCCGACGAAUUUGUGGAGGACAAGUGCCUCGAAGUGAUAAUUUUGUCGCUGAAAUCCGAGGACACGUCGCUUCAGGUUUGGAGAGUCUCAAGGGGUUAGUCUAAUUGGGCGAACUUUUAGUCGAGUGCGGUCCGAGGCCUUCCCCACGUGGCCGAAUACCUGCCGAUCUCGUUCAUCACCAAGAAACUCCUGCCGACAAUCAUGACGCUCCCGCCGUUCCUUCACGAGAAUGUACCGGUAAGGAAAACAUGAUCCUUGAACCUUAACCUCAAAGUACGCUUUUUUCUGCAGCGCCAGCUCGACUUGCUCUCGGCGAUCGCCUCCAUUUCCGAUCGGUGCGACACCACGAGCAUCGUCCAGUUGUUCCAGUGCAUUUCUCUCUGCAACUCCUCCCACCCGGUCAUUGUGCACGGAAAAUCGCGGAUCGUCCAACGUCUGGUCACCCGCGAUCCGAACCGACUCAAAGACGCCAAUCUGUUCUGUGUGCAUUUGCUGAACCCGAUGGUAAUGGGCCUCGCGUGCAAGGAUCUCAGCAUCUACAGCUGCGCGCACUUCGACGACGUCAUCAGCUCCGUGCGGAUCCUGCUCGACGUGCUCGAACAGCGGAGAUACGAGAUGGAGGACCGUCAGGAGCAGAAGCAGAGCAACCACCAUCUGGGAUUGAACCGACUCGGCAACCGAAGAGUCUCCAUGUCCUCCACCAACCUGCCACGUGUCAUGAUCAGCGCCGCCCGUCCUUCUUUCUCGUCGGAUUCGAGGAAAAUGUCGUUCCUCUCGGCGGAUGGACGGCUGGAAGACCGCGGAAGUCGGAGGGAGUCGAGGGACUCGCGCGGCAGCUUAGAGUCCGACAUGAGCAUUCGGAUAGGCAACGGAUCCGACAUAAGCGACGAUUCGUGCUUCUCGAGCCAUUCGGCAAAAGGUCGGAGGCAGAGUUGGCUCGACGGAUACGGUCAUUCCGUCAGUUUAGAGCAGAACACCAACGGGUUUUUGGAGACGACCGCCAGGAAUUUGGGCGAUCGGAAUAGUAUGAAGUGAGUAUCUCAGCUGCCGGCGCACAUAUCAAAAAGUCAUAGCAAUCCGAGCAUUUUUUCAGUUUCAAAACGAGGAAUGCGCGCGCCUCAGAAAGACGAGCCCGAACGCGAUCGCCCAAUGCGGAACUGGACCCGCACCGCGAACAACCGCCCGCCCGCCCCAACUCUUUCACGAAUCUCGGCCACAACAUUGUACUCACCUACCGUAACCUGCUCUACAAAGAUCAUACCUAG